CGCGGACACCUGCUGCCCAGGAUCGCCUUGCUUGGCGUCCACCGUGAACGGGCCUUCUGGCGCCUGGCUGCAUGGGACACGCCCGCUGGAGCCUCCCCGGCCGCCCCGGGCCUCUGAGCCUCUUCCCUGUUGCCAGGCCCCGACACCUGGCCACCAGCAGGUCACCUGCCUGUCAAGUAUCAUGUUGCGCCUGAGGUCUCCCUGUCUGUUCCUCGUUCCUCCACAGGGCGCUGGGUGCUGGGCCCUCCCCGGGAGCAGCCCACUCACCUCACACCACCCGGGGCCGGCACCCCGAGAGGACCAGAUCUGGCGGGCUGGGGGCGAUCCGGCCUCCCCUCUCCCCUUGGGAAGCAGCUGCCUGAAGUACCUGACCUUCCUGUUCAACUUUGUCUUCUCUCUGCUUGGUCUGCUGGCCCUGGCCAUCGGGCUCUGGGGCUUGGCAGUCAAGGGGCCCCUGGGGAGUGGUGGGGUGGCCCUGCCCAGAGACCCCAUGCUGGGGCUGGCGCUGGGGGGGCUGGCGGUCGGCGCAGUGAGCCUGGCAGGCUGCCUGGGUGCCCUCUGUGAGAACGCCUGCCUGCUGCACUGCUUCUCUGGGGGUCUCCUCGCCUUCCUGCUGCUGGAAGCUGUGCUGGGUGCCCUGCUGGUGGCCCUGUGGGGCCCACUGCAGGACGGCCUGGAGUACACCCUGCGUGCGGCCGUCGCCCACUAUCAGGAUGACCCCGACCUGCACUUCCUCAUCGACCAGGUGCAGCGUGGGCUGCAGUGCUGUGGGGUGUCUUCCUACCAGGACUGGACGAGGAACCUGCACUUUAACUGCAGCUCCCCGGGAGCCCAGGCCUGCAGCCUUCCCGCCUCCUGCUGCAUCCGCCCCAGGGAAGAUGCGGCGGCCGUCAGCGACCCGUGUGGCCUCGGAGCUCUGGGCCUGGAUGAGGAGGCCGCUCAGAGGGUGGUGCAUCUGCAGGGCUGUGGCCCCCUGCUGCGAGGGUGGCUCCGCAGGAGCCUCCGGGCCACUGGCGUCUAUGCGAUCGCAGUCGUCGCAGUCCAGGGGGCCGAGCUCCUGUUGGCCGCCGGGCUGCUGAGGGCCCUGGCGGUUCGCAAGGGGCUGCUGCAGAGCUCCAGAACCGCGGGGACGGGGGCACCCAGGGAGAGGCCCCCUGCCUAAGUGGCCCGGCUGGCCCAGGGCUCACAGCCCAGCAGGACACCCAGGAAAGGCAUCGAGUCACCAUGCAUGGCCCAGACCCCUGGUCUCCUCCACCUGCUGUGCCUCCCGCCCCAUGUCCACCUCCUUCCCGGUUCCCUCA